AUGUCUAAGUUUCCUAAUACUACGGCCAAUCAUCCGUUCCAAGUAGAGCCUGACGACAUUCAGGAUGAGGAUCUCGGUCUGGCGACCGCAGCUCCUAUACCUUCAAUUGGUGGUAUCCCUCUCAAAUAUGUGUCUUUGGUGACGCUGGCCGUGCAAAAUUCCAUGUUGACAAUCAUAAUGCACUACUCAAGAGUUUCAAUACCCUCGUCGCGAAUGUACUCUGCUGCUACUGCGGUUCUGAUGAAUGAAGUCCUCAAGGGCUCCAUAUCACUGUUCAUUGCCUUUUGUCGCAUAGAACCCAGCAGCAGCGCAGAGCCCUCAGUAUUCAUCAGCCUUCGACCAAGAGUGUUCAUGAGCAAAUUCAGAAAAUUGUCAAGAGAUAUCUUCAGCACGGAUUGCUGGAAAUUGUCCAUACCUGCAGUGUUAUAUGUCAUUCAGAACAACCUGCAAUAUGUCGCUGCAUCAAAUUUACCAGCUGCUACAUUUCAAGUAAGUUACCAGAUGAAGAUUUUGACUACUGCUGCGUUUUCGGUCGUCAUGCUGCGGAAAAAACUGACCUCCUUGCAAUGGGUCUCUUUAUUGGCGUUGGCCAUCGGGGUUGGUAUUGUGCAAAUUCAAUCAGGUGUUGCAGCGCAUCAUGGUUCCUCUCUCGAGCUGUCAACUAUGAACGCUAGCAAGGGCUUCCUCGCAGUGGUAGCAGCUUGCUUCACAUCAGGCCUGGCAGGAGUCUAUUUUGAGAUGGUGCUCAAAAACUCUCAAGCCGAUCUCUGGGUUCGUAACGUCCAGUUAUCCCUAUUUUCCCUCCUCCCUUGCCUCGCGCACAUUGUCUUCAGUGACUCCGCAGCAGUUCCAUUCGGUUCUUCAGGAUGGUUCAGCAGCCUAUUUAGCAACUUUGGACUUUGGGCUUGGGCGACAGUACUGGUUCAAGUACUGGGCGGCUUGGUGACCGCAAUGGUUAUCAAGUAUUCUGACAACAUCCUCAAGGGCUUCGCCACGAGUUUGAGCAUUGUCAUUUCAUUCUUGGCGUCCGUGGCGCUCUUCGAUUUCCGCAUGACUUGGCCUUUCAUCAUUGGCUCUGCUGUCGUACUCAAUGCGACUUGGAUGUAUAAUCAACACCCUCAACGGGUUCGAAUUGUCACUGGUCGCGACUUGAAAGCUUGGACUGUAUCAUUGCAGGAAAAAUGGAGGGGAGAGAAUUCUACACGCUCCCUUGCCGACGGCCCUGUAUAUCAGGUCCUUUCUUCUUCGAUUUCUCGUACAGGAUCCUUAAUUUCUCUAUCCGCAUCUACAUCUUCGUCAGAUUUGCAUGAAAAAUACUUAUAUGGACGCUAA